AGUCCAGUGACGCCAUUACAGCCGGAUUGUGUUGUUUUUCCACGUGUUAGUGAGCGUUCAAAAUGUUUAAGACUAUUGCCGAUCCCGCCGAUUGUGAAGUGCAUUCUGUAAUACGGUUUUUGAACGCAAAGAAUGUUAAGCCAGUUGAAAUUCAUCGUCAACUUGUAGAGAUUUAUGGUGAAAAUGUAAUGAGUGAUGGAAUGGUUAGAAAGUGGGUUCGACAAUUCAAUGCUGAACGCACUGAUGUUCAUGACGAAGCAUGGAGUGGCUGGCCUUCUGUUGUCAAUGAUGGUUUGGUUGCAAAAGUGAAUGAAAAAAUUCCUGAAAACAGACGGUUCACAAUAAGAUUGCUUUGUGAUGAGUUUCCACAAAUUUCAAAUACUGUUUUGCAUGAGAUUGUUGCAACAACCGAUGUUCAGCAGUGGCUGUCUUCACUGGCGGCAUCUUUCUUUGAAGAGGGUAUAGACAAGUUGGUUUCCCGAUAUGACAAAUGUCUGAACAAUGGUUGUAACUAUGUAGAAAAAUAGUUUCAGACAUGCUCUUUCAUGUAAAAAUAAAUUUUGUUUUGAAAAAAUAUUUUUUAUGCGAGUUUUUCCAAAACGGUACUU